GAAAUGGGUUCACAAUUGGCUGCUUCUCCUUCCCUUCUGUUCUCAUGCUCACACACACCUGUCAAUCUAUUCCAGCAAGGUUUCCGUUAUAAACUAUACUUUUCCUCUCUUUUUCUCCCCUUCAAAAGCUCCGUUUUCUCAGCGACCACCACAUCAAACCCAAAACAAACCUCCAUUGACAGAGAGAGAGACCAAAAUUCCAGGGCUCGGUCAGGUAAUUGGGUUUGCAGAGUGGAUGUCUCUCUCCCUCUCUCUGUCUCUUUCUCCCUCUGCAAACCCAUUUUCCGAUUGCCUGACAUGUCGUCUCACACCACCUCCUAUGCCUCUCCGAUUUAUGCCAACAAAGAUAUCCAUGAGGGCGCUUUCUUUAAAAGACGCUGCUGUUUCUGGGUUCCAUUCUUAUGUCCCGAACCCUCUAUUGGGUCCGCCUUUUGGCAACGGAUCAACCCUCUUGAUAACAAUCUCGCCGCCGGCGCAGCAGCUUCCGCCUCCAAUUCUGCUGUUAGGGAAGAUCCCUGGUGGAAAGGGGGAUGGAGGAGAAUGCGAGAGUGGUCUGAAAUUACCGCCGGACCUAAAUGGAAAAUGCUUAUACGGAAGAUCAGCAGGAAGCGAGCGAGGCAAGGAUAUGGAAAAUUCCAUUAUGACCCAUGGGAUUACGCGCUUAAUUUCGACGAUGGGCCGGGGCAGGAUGGUCAUUACGAUGAGGAUCUCAUAGGCCGGGGGUUCUCGUCGAGGUACUCUCUCCCGCCGUCGUGCAAGUGCUCCAUGGAUUUCGAAAAGGAAGAGGUUGUGUUCACGUGGAACUCACGUGAGAUAUGGUAAAUUCUAUAGAUUAAAAAGGGAAAAACAAAAGAUAAAUGCAUAUUUAUUGAGAUUAAUUUAUUGAAUAUUUAAAUUGAAAUUACAAAUGAA